AUGACACGUGAAAUGAUCUCCUCAAUUAUCAAAGCGAGCGAAAUUUCAGCGGAUUUACAACUGAUGUUGCUCAAUGCAGUGUAUUUCAAAGAUGAUGAAGUGCAGGUGCUAGCGAUGCCAUAUGAAGGCGAUGAAAAUAUGAAUAUGUACAUCAUUUUGCCCCGAAGCCACUUCGGUCUAGAGGGCUUUGAACGCAGUCUUAAUGGUUCAAAGAUGAUGCACUAUUUUCAAAACUGCAAAGUAUCAAAGGAAUUUUAUGUACGAAUACCUAAAUUCGUUAUGGAGAGCGAACUGGAUCUAGUUGAUGCAUUCGAAAGAAUGGGAAUCGAAACAAUAUUCACCGGAAUAGCUGAUUUUACCAGCAUUACUGAUGAUUACUGGUCACUCUUCCUCAAACGAGCCAAACAUAAAGCUGUUAUUGAG